AGCAAACUGGUCACCGACUGACGGUAAUAAAAGCACUAUCAAUUAGAGAAGAGCAUGGGCAUUUCUGGAGUUUUCCCUGCUGCACUGUAUUUAUCUAUAUAACUGAUACUUGUUGUGCUGAAAAAUUACAACAGUUCAUACCACUGCACGGAGAGAGAAAGAGAGAAUGGCAAAAUCACCAGAAGAAGAACACCCGCAAAAGGCAUUUGGUUGGGCUGCCAAAGAUACGUCUGGGAUCCUUUCUCCUUUCCAUUUCUCUCGAAGGGAGAAUGGCGUUGAAGAUGUCACAGUAAAAAUCCUUUACUGUGGGGUGUGCCAUUCUGACUUGCAUGCUUGCAGGAAUGAAUGGGGUUUUGUCCGUUACCCUGUGGUUCCAGGGCAUGAAAUUGUUGGUACUGUAACAAAAAUUGGAAAUAACGUGAAGAAAUUUAAAGUGGGUGACCGGGUUGGUGUUGGGGUUAUGGUGGGCUCCUGCAAAUCAUGCGAGUACUGCAACCAGGACUUGGAAAAUUACUGCCCUAAAAUGAUAUUUACUUACAAUUCGAUUGACCAUGAUGGGACAAGAACUUAUGGUGGUUAUUCUGAUAUGAUUGUUGUUAACCAACACUUUGUGCUCCACUUUCCUGACAACUUACCUUCUGAUGCUGGUGCGCCAUUAUUAUGUGCUGGGAUCACAGUCUACAGUCCAAUGAAAUAUUAUGGAAUGACUGAACCAGGCAAGCAUUUGGGAAUAGUAGGGCUUGGUGGGCUUGGCCAUGUUGCAGUGAGGAUUGGUAAGGCGUUUGGUCUGCGAGUUACUGUUAUUAGUUCCUCACCAAGGAAGGAAAGUGAAGCACUUAAUAGGCUUGGUGCUGAUGCAUUCCUUGUUAGCAGUGACCCAGGAAAAAUGAAGGCAGCUAUUGGUAGUAUGGAUUUCAUCAUUGACACAGUGUCUGCAGUUCAUGCACUAGCACCACUUCUUAGCCUGCUCAAGCCAAAUGGAAAACUGAUCACUCUGGGCUUGCCUGAUAAGCCUCUGGAGCUGCCUAUCUUUCCUCUAGUUUUAGGGAGGAAGCUUGUUGGAGGAAGUGACAUAGGAGGGAUAAAAGAGACUCAGGAGAUGCUCGACUUUUGUGCGAAGCACAAUAUAACUGCAGAUGUUGAGGUGAUCAGAAUUGAUGAAAUCAACACAGCUAUGGAAAGGCUUGGAAAGUCUGAUGUCAGGUACCGGUUUGUGAUCGAUGUGGGGAACUCCUUGUCUCAGUUAUGAACUUAGGUUUUAGUUUGUUUCUCAACCUUCUGAGCAAGGAUGAAGUUAUGAUGAAUUGGUAGAACUCCUCUAUGAAAUCUUGGUGCCUGGAUAUUGGAAUAAAUUUGUAGUGCUGCAUUUUAGUAAUAAGUCAUGCGACUGAUAAAAAAUGGAACAUACUAUGUUCUCGUUAAUUAUGAUCUUUUUCUUUGUUUGCCCCUUGUUUAAAAAAAUAAAAAAGGAAUUUAAAUUGUCGAGACAUAAUAUGCUGAUA